CCUCGCUCUCGAUCUUUCCUCUCUCCCACAGCACAAAACCACCCCUCUCCUCUCUCUAUAAAAUCUCUAGAUCUGUAUAAAAGACGCUCCCUUUCAAAUUCUUGCCGCUUCUUUCCCCAUUUCCCCCUCCUUAAACCUCCCAAAAAUCCUCUCCUUCACAAGCUCUGCUCAGUUUUCCUGCCCAAACAAGCCAACCCUAGCUCCGAUUUCCCGUUCACAAGAGAACAGUGAGAGAAGGGAAUAGGAGAGGAGGCAUAUGGCAGAUCAGGGUUUGGAAGGAAGCCAACCGGUGGAUCUAUCUAAGCACCCCUCUGGAAUAGUUCCUACUCUCCAGAACAUAGUGUCAACUGUGAACCUGGACUGCAAAUUGGAUCUUAAAGCCAUUGCGCUGCAAGCUCGGAAUGCGGAAUACAAUCCCAAACGUUUUGCUGCAGUCAUUAUGAGGAUUAGAGAACCAAAAACAACAGCGCUGAUUUUUGCUUCUGGGAAAAUGGUCUGUACUGGAGCAAAAAGUGAACAGCAGUCGAAAUUGGCAGCACGUAAAUAUGCUAGAAUCAUCCAGAAGCUUGGUUUUCCUGCCAAGUUUAAGGAUUUUAAAAUCCAGAAUAUUGUCGGUUCAUGUGAUGUUAAAUUUCCCAUAAGACUUGAAGGCCUUGCAUAUGCCCAUGGUGCUUUCUCAAGUUAUGAACCAGAGUUAUUCCCGGGAUUAAUAUACCGUAUGAAACAACCAAAAAUAGUGCUGCUGAUUUUCGUCUCUGGGAAAAUUGUUCUCACAGGAGCUAAGGUUAGAGACGAGACAUACACUGCCUUCGAGAACAUAUACCCUGUGCUCACUGAAUUCCGGAAGAAUCAGCAAUGAUUUUGGGAAUCGAUCUACUGUGGACUGUGGAGAUGUUGCAUGGGAAGACAUGUCAGAAUGGUGGAGUGUUGUGAACUGUAAAUACUAAGGAAAUUAGAUUUAGUUUAGUACUUGGUUGUGGUUCUCCUCCCUGUAUCUUAUGAAGUUUGUGCAUCCAUGUAUAAUAUGUAGCAACAUCAGAUCAUAUACAUUUUUUUCUAUAAUAAAUUUGACAGACCAAUAAAUUACUGUG